CUCCCACUUCUGUGCAACCAUGUUCGUUCCCUGUGGAGAGUCGGUCCCCGACCUCACGGGCUACACUUUCCUAAUGCCAGCAGUAUCUGUUGGAAAUGUUGGCCAGCUUGCAAUGGAUUUGAUUAUUUCUACACUAAAUAUGUGUAAGAUUGGUUACUUCUAUGAUUGUCUUGUGCCGAUGGUUGGAAACAAUCCAUAUGCAACUGCAGAAGAAAAUUCAACAGAACUCAGUAUAAAUGCUGAAAUAUAUUCAUUGCCUUCAAAGAAGCUAGUGGCUCUUCAGUUAAGAUCCAUUUUUAUUAAGUAUAAAUCAAAGCCAUUCUGUGAAAAACUGCUUUCCUGGGUGAAAAGUAGUAACUGUGCCAAAGUUAUUGUUCUUUCAAGCAGUCAUUCAUAUCACUGUAAUGAUCUACAGCUUCGCAGUAUUCCCUUCAGAUACCUACUCACACCUUUUGUGCAAAAAAGUGUUCAAACUAAAAUAAUGAGCUUUAACUGGGAAGAAAUGGAAAAAAGCCCAUGCAUUCCUGAAAUAGAUGAUUCUCAGUUUUGUAUUCGUAUUCCUGGAGGAGGUAUCACAAAAACACUCUAUGAUGAAAGCUGUUCUAAAGAAAUCCCAGCGGUGGUUCUGCUGAAAUUUGUUUCAGAAGGAGACAAUAUCCCAGAUGCAUUAGGUCUUGUUGGGUAUCUUAACGAAUGGCUUCAGAUAAUCAAACCAUGUUUACAGUGUGAUGACCCCACAGCAUCUGCCUUGAAGUGGAAAAUGCCAAGUUCGUGGAGAUUACUCUUUGGUAGUGGUCUUCCCCCUGUGCUUUUUUGAUCUUUUUUCAGUUUUAUACCUUAUGUCCCAAGACACUUAUUACCAACACAACUGUUAAACAACUAUAUAAAAAGUUAUAUUAUCUGCGA